AGUAACUACAUUUGCGUCAUACCAAGCUUGGACUAUUAAUAAAGUUUUGAUUUUGAAUUUAGCUUUGUAGUUACAGAGAUUCGUUAAUAAUGGAGACCUACCCAAAUCAGAUUUCAUGAUAAAACCUUUAUUUUAUCAAAUUCAUGCCACGAAAAAAUAGGCACCACCACCUUAGAGUUAUAUUUACAUUACACUUUAUAGAUUAGUAACAAAAUUUUCAGGAAGCUCGAUGAAGGGUUUUGGCUCAAAACUUGACCACUUUAAAGAUAAAUUGAACAUAGCCUUGCCAGGCUUUAGACAAAACAGUUACAUGUUUAAAAAUAUGUGUAAGUUCAUAAAAUAUAGAUUUUAUCAGAAACUUUAAUGAGGGUAGUAAAAAUCCUUUGGAUCUCAGCCUAAACAAUAACUCGGUGGACUUAUUUAAACAACUGAUUAUUUGUUUCCCAAAAAAAAGAGUUUGUUAUCGACAUGUAACUUUUACAUUUAUUUCAAUGACGCACGACAUUCUAAAUAUCUAUAUAAUUUGUUUUUAAAUUAGCUGCUUAAAGAACAUAAUUUUGAUAAAAUUGUUAUCUGAAUGUUGGAGUUUUUAAGAAUUUCUAAAGUUGUCUGUAAUUGACUGUAAUAACAAAAUGGAAUCGAAAGGUGCACGUCCUGUUCGAAGUGUUUUUUUGUUAAUUCUUCUGAAAAAUGUUUUCGGACAAAACUCAACAAUUUCUUCUAACACUUCAAUAAAUCCUGGAAGAGUAUUUUAUAAUUUCACUGGAAUAACAAGAAGUAAUGGAUAUUUAUCUGAAGAACAUACACUUGUGACAGAGGAUGGUUAUAUUCUGACGAUUUAUCGUAUACCGAAAGGCAGACGCUGCUUUGGACCGGUGAGGCAGACUCCUGUUUUACUGAUGCCAGGAUUUGUUGUGGAUUCAGACUCUUGGUUAGAUGCCGGUCCUUCUUCAAGUCUGGUGUAUCUCUUGGCCGACGCUUGCUACGAUACAUGGGCGGGAAACGUCCGCGGAACGGAAUACGGACGUCGACAUGUUAUACUAAAUCCAGAUACUGAUUCACAGUUCUGGGAUUUCAGUACUCAUGAAAUAGGAAAAUUUGAUGUUCCCGCUACCAUUGACUACAUUUUGAAUAAGACUAGAUCGAAUGCACUCAACUUUAUCGGCUUCUCGCAAGGAGCGGGGAUAUUGUACAUCACGUGUUCAGAAACAAAUGCUUGCGAGAAAGUGAAGGUAUUCAUAAAUAUAGCUCCAGGAGUUAGAUUGAAGUAUUUCAGAUCUCUACCUUUGCGAUUGUAUAUAAAAUUCUACACGUUAAUAUUCCCCAUAUUGAAGCGACCUGAGGAGUUAGAGGUGUUACCUCGGGGCGGCAUCAUUCAGUCGUUGGCCUCUAUUAUUUGUAAGGAUAACUUUUUCGCAGCGACCUUAUGUAAAGCAGCGUUAUUUCUGAUAGAUUCUUAUGAUCCAGGUUCAAUAUUGACUGAGACAGUGAAGACGUUAUACGGCCAUACACCCGCAGGCUCAUCUGCGAAGACUAUAGCAUUUUACGGGCAAAAUAUGGAUUCAUUCAAUAAGUACGAUUAUGGACCUGAUAGGAACCUAGAGUUGUACGGCAGUACUGUACCUCCAGCGUACAGGUUGAAUCGCACGAGUAUGCCGACGGUGUUUUUCUACGGUAGAAAUGACUUCGUGGCUGACCCUAGAGAUGUGAAAUGGCUCGCCUCUCAGCUGCCUAAUGUCGCGGAGGUCUACGAAGUGAGACGUCCUACAUGGAACCAUUUGGACAACACGUACAGUCAGUUUAUAAAGCAGCUAUUAUUUCCUAAAGUCAAUGAAUAUUUGCUCAAAUAUUCUAGUAGGAACAAUUGA